CCCCGCCCCCUUUUCCUCAACUGACCGUGCAGGAGCAACUUAAGCUUGGGAACAAAACUUCAAACAUUUCGCUAAAUUAUAAAGAUUUACGUGACUUGACGUGCUAUAUACAUUUGAUUUUCACUUACAGUAUAUUAAUGCGCACACAAUGACGCGAGAGGAGGACCUGUUGCGGAUUGCCAAAAAACUAGACAAGAUGGUGUCUAGAAAUAACAUGGACGGAGCUCUAGAUCUUCUGAGAGAACUGAAAGAUUUCAACAUGACGCUGAAACUUCUUCAGGAUACAAGAAUCGGCAUGUCCGUCAAUGGAAUAAGAAAGCAUUGCACAGACGAAGAUGUUGUCAACUUGGCAAAGAUUCUGAUAAAAAACUGGAAGAGGCUUUUAGAAUCAGCUCAGAACCCAAAAUCUGAGAGGCCAAAUGAGGUGAAGAACGGCAGUCAUCCAAGCAAGCCAUCAGGAUCACCCAGCAGGACUUCUCCUGAGAAAGACUCCAGUCUGCAAAGAUCGACAGCAGAAAUUAAACCAGACUUAGACUCUAACAAGAAACUUGAUGAAAAACAAAGGAGAGAGAAAAGCGACGCAGAGCUCAGGAACGAAAAACGAGAAAGUAACCAGAAAAAGGAGAAACUUCCUAUUAACAAUAAAAAAGAUCAAGAGAGGAAAGAUACAGUGAACAGUGAUCAUCUUCCCUCCCCAUUGACGCUUUCGUCUGUUCCACCAAAGUGUCCUCCGGCUGGGGAAGUGAAGUGGGAAAGGAAAGAUGCUCCGGUUGAUUUUUUUCCUCCUCCUCCCAUCAAUUCUCAUCCUCUAAGACGCUCAUCAGUUGAUGUAAAGAGAAAAGACACAUCAGACUCAAAGCGACGAACAUCUGAACACAAUGAGAGAGAAAGAAAAGACACAGCAGACCAGAAGCGACGAACAUCUGAACACAAUGAGAAAGAAAGAAAAGACACAUCAGACCCGAAGCGGCAGGCAUCUGUACACAAUGAUAAAGACAGAAAAGACACAAGAGACAAUAAACUACUCAAAAGGCCAUCAAUGAAGAUCAAGAUUGAAAGAAAGGACUCCACAGAUUCCAAAAAGCUUCUUCCUAGGAAACCGAGCCUGGAUGGACGGAGAGACAGUAAGGACUCUACUGACUCCAAGUCAAGCAAUCACCUUUUGAAACGACGAUCAAGUGAGCCAAAAUUGGAGAGGAGAGAUUCUACUAACUCAAGGUCUGGCAGCUCACCUCAGGCCAAGAAAUCUUGUGAAAGCAAGAGUAAACCAGAGACUCCAAAGACGCCCACAACACCCACAAGCCCCCUGUCCCCAUCCUUCAGCUCCUGUGCAGGACCUUUAUCUCCUCGCCUGCAAACCGGAGACUCAAUCAGGGACAAAUGCAUCGAAAUGCUGACUGCUGCACUACGUACAGAUGAUGACUACAAAGACUAUGGGACAAAUUGCGAAGCCAUGGGUGCAGAAAUUGAGGAAUAUAUAUACCAGGAGACAAAAGCCACAGACAUGAAAUACAAGAACAGAGUCCGCAGCCGCAUCAGUAACCUGAAGGAUCCCAAAAAUCCCAAUCUGCGCAAAAACGUCUUGGCAGGAGCCAUUGAGUUGAGCCGUAUCGCCACCAUGACUGCUGAGGAGAUGGCCAGUGAUGAACUGAAGCAGUUGAGGAAUGUUUUGACCCAGGAGGCCAUCAGAGAACAUCAGAUGGCCAAGACUGGAGGAACCACCACUGACCUGCUGCAGUGCGGAAAGUGCAAGAAGAAAAACUGCACCUACAACCAGGUGCAAACCCGGAGUGCUGAUGAACCAAUGACCACCUUUGUGUUGUGCAAUGAAUGUGGCAAUCGCUGGAAGUUCUGCUAACCUGAAGCAAGAACUCCAACAACAAAGACCAUGUAGGAUUCCUCUUAUUUUGAAAUUGGAAGAGAAAUUAAUAUCACGCAUUCUUCUAUCAUGGCCCUGAAUUAAUGUGUAAAUGACUUUUUAUACAGAGUUACAGACAUUUUGUGUGUAUUCUGUGGAUUCUUAAUUAUGGUAAAAAACUAAAUUACCAAGGAAAUGUACAUUUGUUAAAAUUCUACGCUUUUGUACUGUUUUAUGAAAUGCCAGAGUUCAUUUUUUACUUGAUUAAUCAGUUUAUUAUGCAGAACUAAAUAAUAAUGGAUGAAAUUUACAUUUGACAGUUUUAAAUUCAAUUUAUGAAUGAAGAGAAUCCUAAUAUGUUUCAGAUGUAGCAGCUGCUUUUUAAAUGGAUCUAAAACCUUUUUUAAAUUAUGGUUAUGCAUAAAA